AUGACAUACACAAUUCACAAACAUCGUUGGAUUUUGAAUUUAAAAAUGUUGUAAAACUAGUUUUGUUGGUUUUUAGUGGCUUUAGUUUGUUGAUUUCAUUAUUCAACGCUACGGCUAAAUGCAUUUUCUACGUCCCGAUAAAUAAUGGAAGUAAAUAAUCGUUUUCAUAAAUGUAGACUCUGUUUAAAAAUAGGUGAUUUCUGUUCAAUUUUCGAAAAAGAUGACACAACAAAGUUGUCUGAAAUGGUUAUGUCGUUUGCGAAUGUUCAAAUUCACGAAAAUGACGGUCUUUCGGACCGUGUAUGCACUUCUUGUAUUGAAAACCUAAGUACAGCUUAUCUGUUCAAGCUACAAUGUGAAAGAAUUGAUAGUCUUUUGAGAAAAUUUCCUGACAUACAAAUUGAUAAACCAGAUGUCAAUCAAGAUUAUAAUGACCUUUACAAUCAGGAAUUCCACAUGCAUACUGAGUAUAUAAAAGAAGAGAACGAUGACAAUUUAGUUAAAGCUGGCCAAGUAGAGAGAGUAGCGGCUCCACUGAGCCCCUGCUUUGAAACUAGCGAUGAGACUGAUAGCGAUAUAGACUCAAUUAAAUGUGUAUAUUGUAACCAAUCAUAUAGUAAUUAUGGAGCACACACUUGCCAUGUCACUUGCACAAUUGAGCAUAACGAGCUUCAACGGUCGAGUAGCAACGAGACACUCGUAGCUACAGACUAUACACCCACAAAAGCAUCCAAGCCUCUAUCACCGAUCCCAGACAUUCCAGAAUAUGUUAGCGUUUCCUGUGUUCUAUGUGAUCAAAUGUAUGACAGAUAUGAUGAUUAUGUGACACAUCUUAAUAAAUGCACGACUAAUGUGAAACUUCAUCAUUUUGUGUGUCCAGUCUGUCAUGAAAUGUUCACUGACAAGUUUUCAUAUUUAGAACAUUUAAAGAUACUCCAUUUUAAAAUGCAUGAUGAAACAUUUAGUGACGCAGGCACUGAUUGUGUAGAUUUUGCCCCCAUGAUUGUUAAAACUAGGAAGCCGAAAGCGGUAAGACGGCAGAUAGGUUGGUCAAUUGAAGACAUUUAUCAAGAGAUUGAAUGUCAGAAAAUUGAACCGCAACCGACUGCUGCGUCAAGCCCGUUAAAAAAUUUCUUCUCGAAAUUGGGAACAGAGUCCUCCAGUAGACAAAGUACCCCCAAGAAGGUGAGUUUUCGGAAAUUCAUUGAAAAUGGCAAAGCUAAGACAUCAGUGUACCUGCCAUUCAAGAAAUACAUACAAAACUACAAACUGAAGAAGAAGGCCAACAACUACAGUCCAAUAAAUACAAAGACUCAAGUUAUAAGCAGAAUACAAGCCACAUAUCCAGAGGAAAUUUCUGACAGCGACUAUGCUUCACCAAGUGGUACCUCAGAGGACUCGUGGAAAAUGAAACAGAAUCUGAUAUGUGCCUGUGACAAGAAAGUUUUCAUGCUCUCUGAGCACAUUCAUGACCGGGAUAGAAUAGUGGCAAUGAUCAACGAGUUGGGCGGAGUGGUUGCGGAGAACACGAAAAUGGAAAUGUUGGCGACACACUUUGUGUCUGUGUUGCCGAGCGACACCUUCUCCGGCAUGAUGGUGUGUGCGCUGGCGACCGGCAAGUGGCUGCUGCACAUCAGCUUUGUGUACGACAGCUUUCGAUGCAAGAAGUUCCUACAGGAAAACAUGUACGAAUGGAUGAGGAACCCCAAAAUAGUGGAGAUCGACAACACGAGUGUAGAGGUGACGAAGGCGGCCGUGUACUGGCACAUGCAGCUGCACGAGCAAGGCGCCAAGUAUCCCUUCGAAGGGAAACAGAUCGUGUUGAUUAUGAAGAAGAAAUACAGGCAGUACUACCAAAUGAUUUUCAAGACGCUCAAAGCGAAGCCUGUUACAUAUGACCCCAGAACUCCCGGAAGCUGCUGUUCCGCAGACUACUGUUUCGUUGACAUGAAGAUAAUAGAGAGAGUGAAGCUGAGGUUCUUCUUCCACCACAAUGUGCCAGUGUUCCCCUACCAAUACAUAUUAGUGUAUCUGCUCAAACGAGGACAUGUUGAAGACGAACACAAAUAUUUGCUACAAGACUGUACUAAAGUUAAUGAUAAGAAUUUUUUCUUAAAUAACACUUAUUAAAUUAAAUUUAUUGUUACACAGAUUUGUGUGUAUGUGAUUGUAUAUUCUUUGUGAUGAGAUGUCGUUGUUUAUUUUUAAAGGUAGAAAGCUAAAAUACAAAAGUUAAUUUUAUAUCAAUUAAGACAUGUCUGUCAGGUUCAAGACUGUUUAAUAUUAAUUAUUAACUUUAUAAACGACAAAAGUUAGGGAAUAACCCAGCUGAUACCACAGAAUGAGUGUUAAUCGUUAUGUGCCAUAUGUACGAAUAUUGCAGAUUUCAUUUUUUAGGGUUCCGUAUCCUAAGCGUAAAACGGGACCCUAUAGGUAUUUAAGUUGCCGCUAUAACAACAAACACUAAAAAAUAGAAUUUAAAAAAAUAUGAGGCUCCCAUACAACAAACUUUAUUUUUACCAUGUAUAUAGAUAACUAGCUGACGCCGCGCGGUUUCACCUGCGUGAUUUCCGUUCUUGUAUAAAUACGGGUAUAAUAUAUAGCCUAUACCCUUCCUCGAUAAAUGGGCUAUCUAACAUUGAAAGUAUUUUUCAAAAUAUUAGUAUAGAUGGUAAGGAACGGCGGCAUUCCGACUCGAACUUGGCCGGUUUUUUUAACUACAUCACCACACUGAAUUGCAAUCACUUACUAAAAAAAUCUGGUUAGAAAAUAUUAAAUCAUUUAAAAAAAAUAUUAGACUUUAUUAAGUAAAUACCUACAUAUUAGAUUUAAUUAGUAAUUUUAACAUUUUUAUGAUGAAUUUUUAAUGUUAAUAAAAAUUGGGCUUGUAAGGGAUUAUUAUAAUAAAUAUAUUCUAAAUCAAAUACAUAUAUUUACAAUAAAAAUUGAAUAUACAAUUA